UUUCACGGAUAGCUCGAGGAUAGAGAUAUCUUGGGCUACAUUCUCUCCUCAACAACCUCUGCACCCUCUUCGCCGCUCCUCUGCGAUUGCAGGCAGUCGCAAUGGGCUCCCCAUUCCUCAACCACCGCCUUCGGUCCGAAUUGGGCGACCUUGCUUUACUUCAUCUCCGCAGAGACCAGACCAUCCCGACUAUACUCAAACUAGAAGACGACGAAAAUCAGGGGUACAAGGAGGGGAAAGUCACCAACACUCGUUUCGGGUCAUUUCCGCACAGCACGCUUAUCGAUCAACCAUGGGGAUCGCAAAUUGUCGCCUCCGUAGUAGACACAGGCUCCCGGGGUCGCAAGAAUCAGGCCGGGUUCCUUCAUCUUCUAUACCCCACACCGGAGUUAUGGACCGCGUCGCUCCCGCAUCGGACCCAGGUUGUCUACACACCAGACUACAGCUACAUUCUGCAUCGGCUCUGCGUUCGCCCCGGGAGCACGAUUAUCGAGGCCGGAGCUGGGAGCGGCUCGUUCACACAUGCAUCCGUCCGCGCAGUCUUCAACGGAUACCCCUCCGAGGCACCCGCAGUCAAGAAAAGAAGGCUAGGAAAGGUCUGCAGUUUCGAGUUCCACGCACAGCGCGCACAACGAGUCCGGGAAGAGAUCCACGACCACGGCCUGGAUGGACUGGUCGAGGUGACGCACCGCGAUGUCUACGAAGAUGGUUUUCUCCUGGGGGACCCCAAAACCGGCAAAUCGCCGAAAGCGAAUGCGAUCUUCCUCGACCUACCGGCGCCAUGGCUUGCGCUCAAACAUCUGGUCCGCAGGCCCCCUUCGGGAGCGGAAUCGCCUCUCGAUCCCUCGUCGCCGGUAUAUAUAUGCACGUUCUCCCCAUGUAUCGAGCAAGUGCAACGGACGAUCACCACACUCCGCGAGUAUUCUUGGCUCUCAAUAUCAAUGGUCGAGGUGAAUCACCACCGGAUUGAUGUCAGACGCGAACGAACCGGAUUAGAUUGCGAAGGUGUCCGGGGCGCAACCGUCUUCCCCAAGUCAGUGGACGAAGCCGUCGCAAAGAUGCGCGCCGUCGAGGAACACUCGAAAAGAUUCCGCGAGUCUCUCCUUCAGGAGAGCGACGAUGAAGGCACCGCCUCCGCCUCCGACAAACCAGCAGCAACCAAGUCAGAGAAGACAGAAGUCGAAGAGAAAACCCUACAAGACAUACAGCAACACUCGGACACAACCGCAGCUCCAUCAUCAACCCCAUCGUACGAACUCGGCCGCCUGGUACAUCGCACCGAACCGGACCUGAAAACGCACACAUCGUAUCUUGUCUUCGCUAUUCUACCCCGCGAAUGGACAGAGGAAGACGAGCAAAGGUGUCGGCAGACCUGGCCGGCUCAGAAGACGGGAGGCUCACCGGACGCAGGAAAACCGAAAGGCAAGAAGCAAUUAAAAAGGGAAGCGAAGGAGAAGGAGGUGCAGGAAGAGGCGCAAAAGUCAGAAGACGUCCCUGCGCAGCCCCAGGAAAACCAAUCAUAGAUGGGAAUUGUCGCUAUUGUGAUAUAAUCUAGACGCUUGGAAUACAAGAUGAAUAAUCAGGCAUCUCAAGAUCCUGACUUCACGUAUGCCAUAAAACUUGGGGGAUCUGGAAAUGUGUAUAUAC